CCAUAAAUAGUGCAUAAUGAAUAUAUCUCUGUUCAAGUAUCAUCAAUUGGUCACAAUUAAGAAUAAUUUGGUUAAAGUCAAAUAUAGGUCAGGUUAAGGUCAAUCUGAUGCGCAAUCCACAUUUCUGCCAUCGUAUAAAGUUUGAAAGCAUGCGAAACUGGAAUAAUAUUUAGAAACAACUCCUGAACAGAGAAGAAAGUUUUUCCCUGGAGAAGCAAAAGAGUUUCGUAGUAAAGAUUUUAAUUAAGGUUGCCUGAAAUUGUCACCAUGGUGCUGCCAAAUUUCGUGAGGAUUUCAACGUUCACCGUGUUACUCAUCGUGACCAUAAUUUUCACGAUGACAUUUGAGUCAUGCGAUUCAGCACCGCAGCAGAGAACAAGAGCUCCGUUGACCCCCUAUCAGAGAUGCUUUCGGUUAUGCAUGAAAGAAUAUGGGCACCAAUGGGAAGCUCCAGAAGAUUGCCGAAAUUGUUGUAACAGUCAAAGCUUUUGUGGAUUUUUGUAAGAAAUAUUUUCAAAAUUUCUUAAUAGAAGUUUAUAAUGAAAGUGCGCAAGUAAUUUCAAAUAAGCUUAGGAUGAGUAAUCAAAUUAUUCAUACGACAGGAUUUGUUAACUAAUCACCCGAUAGAUAUUUACGUAUAAAAAAUUUAGUCAUAAUAUUGUGCAUUUUAUUUGCCUUAUGCUUUCUCUAGCGAUACUAAAUAAUGUCCCUGGACAUUAAAAUAUAGUCACUACUAAUGUACCAAAUACAAUGGAGAAAGGUUUCGGAGAACAAUAAAGAAUAUUAAAUUCUAAUAAAUCAUGUCUUUCACAUUGUUUUCACAAAUAAUAAUACAUAGUUGGUUAAUCUAAAUAAAUAUAGUACUUUAGUUACAUGUGUCCUUGCACGCGCAAAUCGAGAACAAAUGAAAGUUCUAAAAAAUGGUUCAAAGUUUGUCUUCAACUUGAUUCGGUAAAUAACAUAUUUUACCAACACGCAAGCGGCACAUAGUUCCUUCCUUCCAAUUUUCAAGGAUAUCAAGCACACAAUCGAUUUAGAUAUGUACCAAAUACAAUAGAAACAAAAAACCUGAUAAAUUGUAAAAGGAUUAUUUUAUUCUUAGGUGAUGCAACCCAUGACAAUAAGCAAGCAAAGAUUCUAUAGUUAGCAUUUAUAUUCUAUUCUUUUUGUAUAUAUGUAUGUAACCAAGGAAUGCAUAUUACAAUAUAGAAUCUCUUAUCAUAACAAUUCCCAACUUGAGAGAUCCAGUCUUGUUAAAGACCGAUUGAGAUGAUUUAACUAAUUAUAAAGUCAAUGAAAUUGUAAAUUUUGAGAUUGUAAGGUUAAAAGCAUGUUAAAUUUAUUUCAUAUUUUUCCUUACUCACCUCAUUCAAAUUUUGUAGACUUAUUUAUUGAUUUUGUGCAUGGCUCAACGCAGAAAGUUAUUAUCAAGAAUGAACCAUGUGCAUAUGAGUAGAGCAAAGAGAAAGACAAAUUUUUCAUAACGUUUCGCUCUUCGAUAUCUAUGCAUGCAAAACAAAUGUCCUGUAUUUUAUCCGUGUGCCAAUAAUUUAAUGAUUUACCGAAGUCCAGUUACUGUUUGCCCGUUCGUACACAUGUACACCUACUCGAGUGUGAAUAAUGUACUCAAAAAAUUUGUACAAUAAGAAAUCAGUCAAUUCACAGUGUGCUGCUAAAAAGCAAUUCCACCUAGAAAACGAUUUUGAUAACAGAAACCUUAUCAGACUAAUUUAUUUCGACUCUGACAACCAUUCACUGUCACCAGAAUCAAAAUCCAUGUCGGAAAUACCACCACCCGACGUCGACACGAAAUUGAACACAUUUUCAUCUCACUUUCGUAGAAAAACAAUGGUAGGACCUAAUCCUUUUGCACCAGUCUACUCCUCCCCAUGGCGUACAAAUUUCAUUAUUGUGUUCACCCCACUCUUAUUGUGGGGGUUUCCCAUCCACCUACUCUUUCUCCACCCAGGAAAAAUAUAUUCGGGGGGCACAAAACAAUGGUUAAAAUCCUCCUUUACAUGUCCACACGUAAUUUUGACAGUCUUGACAGCCCUGGUUUGCCUUGUGUUUAACAUUGCUCUCUUCUACGCACUGGGAAGAUUAGUUCAAACCCUUAUCAUCAAUGGGAAAGUUACACUAGAAUUUUUUGAUCUGGUUACCACAUUGUUUAGCAUCCUUCCAAUCGCAGUUCCGCUCAAUCUAUUCUGGUUGAAAGGAUACCAGCUACGAAAUUUCAUAAUUUUCACAUCUAAUGAGACCAAUCUGAUCAAGGCAAAAAAACAAGUGGAUGCAGAAGGUGCAGAAUUUGAUAGAAUUUCGAAUAAACGGACAACACUAAUUUUAAUAUACGUUUCAAUCCUGCUGAUUCAUGUACUUGAUCAGGUUUCAAAUUUCUACACAAAUGAUAUCAGUAAACAGGCCAACUUUGCUAUACAAGAUCAGAUCUGGAUAGUAGCGAUGAACUAUUUCAUCCCCGUCCUGUCCACUUUUGUCCUUCCGAUUUACGCAUGUUUCUGUUUCUUGAUAAGAUACCAGAUCGAUCUGGCGCAAGAAUAUGUCGAGGCUCUCAUAAAGAUGAAUGUAGGACCGACGUAUGAUCAUUUUGAUGAGAUUAAGAAAAUGGCAAAAGAUAUUUUAGACUCCGUGAUGAUGACGAAUUCGACUUUUAGCAUAAUUUUAUCCGUAGUUGUGAUAAUGGUGGGGUUUGAGUUGUGGGGAGAAGUGGGGCAUUUGGUUUUGACACUUUUUAAUAUCGCCCUGACAGCAUUUUUGGGGUUGAGAGAAGAAGGCGUGGAUCCCGCCGUGGUAAAAUUAUUUGAUAUUGUAGCGAAUGUGACGGGAAAUCGAUCUACAGCCGGAUUAGAACCGGCAACGAUUAGACUGGUUGUGGCGGAUUGUGUGAUAAUCUUUGGUUACGUGGCAUUAUUUGGGUGGACAGUUUGGCAAGCGGUACGAACAAAUGAUGCCAUAAGGGCAAUCCAUGUUUGGCUGAACGACUUUGUUACUGGCAAGGAGGCAAGACUAAGCUUGGAAGUUCACGAUGCGAUUGAUCGUCUCAAGUGGUACAUCCAUUCAAGAUUGGAGCAAGAAAGGCCUGCAUUAUUAUCAAUUUUAGCACUUGCAUUAUUUCCACCACUCAAAUUGAGACUUGUACGAUAUCGCGUGCAGCAUUAAGUACCCAGUAAUUUAAUAUACAUAAAACCCGAUUAUGAAUUGUGACAAGAGUGACAGAUUAGUGGGUGAUCAAAAGUGAUGCCAUUUAUAAAUAUCUGCUAGUCAAAAAGUAUUUAUAUACUUAAGGAUUGUAUGACCUAUAUUAUAAUCAUAAUUAUAAAAAUAUAUUGAAUAUACAUAUCAUCUAAAUGUAAUCAUGUCUAUAAGUAUGUACUUAAAUACAACAAAUUACUAUAACUAA